AUGGUCAGCUUCAGGACAGGGACUCCAUUUCCCGAUAAGGCUCAAUCUGUCCCGCCGGACUACAGGCUGUCAGAUAAGGGCAGACAGCUAUCGGUCCACACUGUGAGGGUGGUCAGCCUGAAAGCGAGCACAGGAGUGGUGUGGGGGGGAGGUGGUGAUCUGUACGACAGAAGCAUGCUUAUCACACCUGCUCUGAUGUCUCUACCAAUGCACAGCGAUAAGGAACGCAAGGGAAGGAGAUGGAAGAAGAGAUUUCCGACUUACUAA